AUGGAAACCAUAGAUGCCACCACACUAAGGAAGGAAGGGAGACGAGAACCAUGUGGCACUAUAGAUGCCACCACACUAAGGAAGGAAGGGAGACGAGAACCAUGUGGCACUAUAGAUGCCACCACACUAAGGAAGGAAGAGAGACGAGAACCAUGUGGCACUAUAGAUGCCACCACACUAAGGAAGGAAGGGAGACGAGAACCAUGUGGCACUAUAGAUGCCACCACACUAAGGAAGGAAGAGAGACGAGAACCAUGUGGCACUAUAGAUGCCACCACACUAAGGAAGGAAGGGAGACGAGAACCAUGUGGCACUAUAGAUGCGACCACACUAAGGAAGGAAUGGAGACGAGAACCAUGUGGCACUAUAGAUGCCACCACACUAAGGAAGGAAGGGAGACGAGAACCAUGUGGCACUAUAGAUGCCACCACACUAAGGAAGGAAGAGAGACGAGAACCAUGUGGCACUAUAGAUGCCACCACACUAAGGAAGGAAGGGAGACGAGAACCAUGUGGCACUAUAGAUGCCACCACACUAAGGAAGGAAGGGAGACGAGAACCAUGUGGCACUAUAGAUGCCACCACACUAAGGAAGGAAGGGAGACGAGAACCAUGUGGCACUAUAGAUGCCACCACACUAAGGAAGGAAGAGAGACGAGAACCAUGUGGCACUAUAGAUGCCACCACACUAAGGAAGGAAGGGAGACGAGAACCAUGUGGCACUAUAGAUGCUACGACACUAAGGAAGGAAGGGAGACGAGAACCAUGUGGCACUAUAGAUGCCACGACAGAAGGGAGACGAGAACCAUGUGGCACUAUAGAUGCCACCACACUAAGGAAGGAAUGGAGACGAGAACCAUGUGGCACUAUAGAUGCCACGACACUAAGGAAGGAAGAGAGACGAGAACCAUGUGGCACUAUAGAUGCCACCACACUAAGGAAGGAAGAGAGACGAGAACCAUGUGGCACUAUAGAUGCCACCACACUAAGGAAGGAAGGGAGACGAGAACCAUGUGGCACUAUAGAUGCCACCACACUAAGGAAGGAAGAGAGACGAGAACCAUGUGGCACUAUAGAUGCUACGACACUAAGGAAGGAAGGGAGACGAGAACCAUGUGGCACUAUAGAUGCCACCACACUAAGGAAGGAAGAGAGACGAGAACCAUGUGGCACUAUAGAUGCCACCACACUAAGGAAGGAAGAGAGACGAGAACCAUGUGGCACUAUAGAUGCUACGACACUAAGGAAGGAAGGGAGACGAGAACCAUGUGGCACUAUAGAUGCCACGACACUAAGGAAGGAAGAGAGACGAGAACCAUGUGGCACUAUAGAUGCCACCACACUAAGGAAGGAAGAGAGACGAGAACCAUGUGGCACUAUAGAUGCCACCACACUAAGGAAGGAAGGGAGACGAGAACCAUGUGGCACUAUAGAUGCCACCACACUAAGGAAGGAAGGGAGACGAGAACCAUGUGGCACUAUAGAUGCCACCACACUAAGGAAGGAAGGGAGACGAGAACCAUGUGGCACUAUAGAUGCCACCACACUAAGGAAGGAAGGGAGACGAGAACCAUGUGGCACUAUAGAUGCCACCACACUAAGGAAGGAAGGGAGACGAGAACCAUGUGGCACUAUAGAUGCCACCACACUAAGGAAGGAAGGGAGACGAGAACCAUGUGGCACUAUAGAUGCCACCACACUAAGGAAGGAAGGGAGACGAGAACCAUGUGGCACUAUAGAUGCUACGACACUAAGGAAGGAAGGGAGACGAGAACCAUGUGGCACUAUAGAUGCCACGACACUAAGGAAGGAAUGGAGACGAGAACCAUGUGGCACUAUAGAUGCCACGACACUAAGGAAGGAAGAGAGACGAGAACCAUGUGGCACUAUAGAUGCCACCACACUAAGGAAGGAAGAGAGACGAGAACCAUGUGGCACUAUAGAUGCCACCACACUAAGGAAGGAAGGGAGACGAGAACCAUGUGGCACUAUAGAUGCCACCACACUAAGGAAGGAAGGGAGACGAGAACCAUGUGGCACUAUAGAUGCCACCACACUAAGGAAGGAAGGGAGACGAGAACCAUGUGGCACUAUAGAUGCCACCACACUAAGGAAGGAAGAGAGACGAGAACCAUGUGGCACUAUAGAUGCCACCACACUAAGGAAGGAAGGGAGACGAGAACCAUGUGGCACUAUAGAUGCCACGACACUAAGGAAGGAAGGGAGACGAGAACCAUGUGGCACUAUAGAUGCCACGACAGUAAGGAGGGAAGGGAGACGAGAACCAUGUGGCACUAUAGAUGCCACAACACUAAGGAAGAGAGACGAGAACCAUGUGGCACUAUAG